AUGGCGGCGGAGGACUGUGAUGCUGUGAACAUGGACCCUGACAUGGAAAUCAGCGAUGAAGAAUUAGAAAGGGAAGCCGAGGGUUUCAAAGAGCAAGGAAAUGCAUUUUACGUCAAGAAGGAUUAUGCAGAAGCUUUCAACUUCUACACUAAGGCCAUUGACAUGUGCCCCAAAAACGCCAGUUACUAUGGAAACCGUGCUGCCACUUUGAUGAUGUUGUGCCGACACAGAGAAGCUCUGGAAGACUCGCAACAGGCCGUGCGGUUAGACCAAAACUUCACAAAGGGCCAUCAACGAGAGGGCAAGUGUCACCUGUCCCUGGGAAACGCCAUGGCUGCCAUUCGUUGUUUCCAGCGUGUUCUGGAGCUGGAGCCGGAAAAUACUCAAGCGCCGCCGGAGAUCAAAAAUGCUGAAUCCAUCCUUGAAUACGAGCGAAUGGCUGAGAUUGGAUUUGACAAGAGAGACUUCAGAAUGGUUGUGUUCUGUAUGGACCGUGCCUUGGCCACAGCCGUCGCCUGUCACAGGUUCAAGAUCCUGAAGGCGGAGUGCUUAGCCUUAUUAGGACGCUACCCAGAGGCACAGUCUGUAGCAAGCGACAUCCUGCGAAUGGACUCGACAAACGCAGACGCUCUGUACGUGCGAGGGCUCUGCUUGUAUUAUGAAGACUGCAUCGACAAAGCCGUCCAGUUCUUCGUCCAGGCGCUGCGCAUGGCUCCAGACCACGACAAGGCCCGACUCGCCUGCAGAAACGCCAAAGCACUGAAAGCCAAGAAGGAAGAAGGAAACAAGGCUUUUAAGGAGGGGAACUAUGAAGCAGCCUACGACUUGUACUCAGAGGCCCUCACAAUAGACCCCAACAACAUCAAAACAAACGCCAAGCUGUACUGCAACAGAGCCACGGUGGGGUCUAAGCUGAAGUCACUAGACCAGGCUGUGGAAGACUGCUCCAAGGCCAUUAAACUGGAUGACACGUACAUCAAGGCUUAUUUAAGGAGAGCGCAGUGCUAUAUGGACACGGAACAGUUUGAAGAAGCCGUGCGAGAUUACGAAAAGGUUUAUCAAACAGAGAAGACAAAAGAGCACAAGCACCUCUUAAAAAACGCCCAGUUGGAGUUGAAGAAAAGCAAACGGAAAGAUUACUACAAGAUUCUGGGAGUGGAGAAGAACGCCACAGAAGAAGAAAUCAAAAAGGCCUAUCGCAAACGGGCGCUUUUACACCACCCAGACCGCCACAGCAGCGCGACCCCCGAGGUGCAGAAGGAGGAGGAGAAGAAGUUUAAGGAAGUGGGAGAGGCCUUCAGCGUCCUGUCAGACCCAAAGAAGAAGUCUCGCUACGACACGGGACAGGACCUGGAGGAGGAGGGCAUGAACAUGGGAGACUUUGACGCCAACAACAUCUUCAAGGCGUUCUUCGGCGGCCCUGGCGGAUUUAGUUUCGAAGGUUCAUCUGGACCUGGCAAUUUCUUUUUCCAGUUUGGUUAA